AUGGCUACCUUCUUCAUUGAGAACAAGAACGUUGGAAACCAAGCGGAAAGCGAGGAUUGGAGGAUUCGCGGAUACAAUCCUCUUCCUCCUCCCAACCUCCUACAGCACGAGAUACCUCAGUCCUCAAAGUCUAAAGAGACUGUGCUACAGGGUCGCACUGAAUCGGUUGCUAUUGUCACUGGCACGGAUCCCAAGGAGAGACUUCUUGUCAUCAUUGGACCCUGUUCUAUUCACGAUGCAGAUGCCGCUUUGGAAUACUGCGACAGGCUGCUGAAGGAAAAGGAGAAGCAUAAGGAUGAGCUUCUCAUUGUCAUGCGCUCUUACCUCGAGAAGCCCAGGACAACGGUCGGCUGGAAAGGACUGAUCAAUGACCCCGAUAUCGACAACAGCUUCAACAUCAACAAGGGCCUCCGACUCUCGCGCCAGCUGUUUGUCAACCUUACCGAGAAAGGCAUGCCCAUUGCCAGUGAGAUGCUCGAUACUAUCUCGCCCCAGUUCCUUGCAGACGUCCUCUCCGUCGGAGCUGUUGGCGCCCGUACCACUGAGAGCCAGCUUCACCGCGAGUUGGCGAGUGGCCUCAGCUUCCCUGUUGGUUUCAAGAACGGAACCGACGGCUCGCUCCAGGUUGCCGUCGAUGCGAUUGGGGCUGUCAAGCACCCUCACCACUUCCUUUCCGUCACCAAGCCUGGUGUUGUGUCUAUUGUGGGUACCGUGGGAAAUGAAGACUGCUUCGUUAUUCUCAGGGGAGGUACCAAGGGCACGAACUACGAUGCGGCAAGCAUUGCAGAGGCCAAGGCCGAGCUCGAGAAGGCGGGUCUGCGCCAGCGUCUCAUGGUGGACUGCAGCCACGGCAAUUCCCUCAAGAACCAUAAGAACCAACCCAAGGUCGCGGCCGUCAUCGCAGAGCAGAUCGAGAAGGGUGAAACCGCCAUCAUGGGUGUCAUGAUCGAGAGCAAUAUCAAUGAGGGAAACCAAAAGGUUCCCAAAGAGGGCAAAGCCGGCCUCAAGUACGGCGUGAGCAUCACUGAUGCAUGCAUCCACUGGGAAGAUACCAUCUCCGUUCUCGACACCCUUGCCAACGCCGUAAAAACACGAAGGAAGGUGCUCGGAAAGGAAUAA